AUGUCUGCUGUACGCGCAAUGCAAUUGCCUUCUGCGCGGUCGCAGCAUCUCGUGAUUGAGUUUGCGCGUGUCAAGAGUCUCUGUCCUGCUGGCGUCUAUCUUACCAUCGAGCCUGGUGAUCCUUCUCGAUGGACAGGAAUCCUCUUUGUUCGAAAAGGCCCAUACGCACCCGCGAUCCUUCGCUUUCAAAUUUCCUUUCCUUCGGCUUAUCCGGCAGCUGCUCCACGCAUCACUUUUAUUUCGGAGAUUUUCCAUCCAUUGCUUACGCCUCUGACGACUUAUACUUAUACGACAGGAUCUUCGGAAACUGGUACAGUAAGUGCUACAGAUGAGGAGCGGUUGCCUCCUGGCGGGUUUAGUCUCCGCCAUGGCUUUCCACAGUGGUUUUCAAAGGCGAGAGAUACUACCUCGACACUUGACGUGAAAACUACGAGUGCCAAUAAUAAUGUGCUUCAAGAGCCACAAAAUGAGCGUCCGGCUGCUGAAGCUCUUGCCACUGAAGAAAAUGGUAGCUCUCCCAACUCCCCUAGGGACAAAGGAAGCCUCGGAAAACCCAAGAAUGAGAGAGUUAAGCAAAAAGAUGUGAAUAACCCAAUAUCAAUCGUGCAAGUGCUUCUAUACGUGCGUUCGACUUUUGAUGAUGCAGAAGUUCUGGAUUCCGUUCCUCUGGAAGCGGCCGGGAAUUCAGGCGCCUGGCAUGCAUGGCGCUCGCAUAGGAGAGCUUUACAUUUAAACCUAUCCGAAAAUGCAACGCCAGAUACUGCAUCUCCAAUCUCAAAGGAUAAAUAUUCUUUGAUUCCUCGAAGUAAUAUAGCCCACAGCAACCGCCGCCCAGGUGAAUGGAACUGGGAAGGUGUUUGGGAAGAACGCGUCAAGCGUGGAAUCGAUGCCUCCAUUUCGGAGCCGGUCCUUUAUGGUAACGCAGCCGUAGGAAAUGACUUAAUACGCUUCUUGCGCGCUGAUGACGACAUGAUCAUGACACUGAAGGAGGGCAUGAAAGGCAGCAUGCGAGCAGCUACAGCAUAA